AUGAAGUGCUGUACUACGCAAUUAUGCUGGACUGGCGGGAAGCCGAUUGUCAGCGGUGACUCGGUGACUACCAGGCGCCUGGCCACCAUCAAGCAAGACCUUGAGCAAGCAGCGCGGCAGGAGCAGGAGCAGCAGCAGCAGCAGCCGGCCCAGAAGCGAGGGAAGGCACAAGAACAGCAGCAAGAGCAGCUGCAGCAGCAGCAGCAGCAGCAGCAGCAGCAGCAGCAGAAGAAGGACGAGGGCAGUCAGCAGCAGCAGCAACAGCAACAGCAGCAGCAGCAGCAUGAACGGCCUGUAGACGAGCUCUAG